AUGCCUGCAGCGCGCCCCGGUGCGCCUCGACCGCCCCCUAUCACCCGAGCGAAGGCGACGACUUCCUCCCUCACGUGGCCGCUCUCGUUCGUCGCCAUCGUCGGCGUCUCGAUCCUCGCUUACCGUCAGGUCUUACACCGACGACAUACGGACAAUCGCUCGAGCAAACGAGAGUUCCCCAAUCCCCUCUGA